CAUUGGAAGCCUUGGCAAGGAUGUAAAUGAAGCAGGAGUACAGAAUGUGACGGUUAAAACCGUUACAUUUACCGGCACAGAGAAUGGGCUGAGAAUCAAAUCAUGGGCCAGACCAAGCAAUGGAUUUGUAAAAGGGGUCCUUUUUGAAGAUGCCACCAUGCAGAAAUCCCAAAAUCCCAUCAUAAUUGACCAAAACUACUGCCCUCAUAGUGAAGAUUGCCCUGGUCAGGUUUCAGGCGUAAAAAUUAGUCAAGUGACGUACAAAAACAUACACGGAACGUCAGCAACAGAAGUGGCGGUGAAGUUUGACUGUAGCUCUAAGGAUCCAUGCACUGGAAUCAUACUGGAAGAUGUAAAUCUCACCUAUGACAACCAACCGGCAGAAUCAUCAUGUACCAACGCUGACGGAACAACUUCUGGUUUAAUUGAACCAACAAGCUGUCUGUAGGCCUACAUACGUACAUAUAGGCAUACAUAUCUCCUAGUGGUUAUGUUAUAAAUGCAAGGAUUAUUGUGUACCAUAUUCUUUUGCAAAUUAGA